AUGACGGAUCCCUUCUGUAUGGGUGGAGGCCGCCGACUCACGGGGUCCAGCAAGAGUGGACCUGGGAAGGAAGCAGGCCGGAACGAAGUCCGCCUUCCGGUGCUUCACGACCCACCCAAGCUUGGAAUGCCGAUGGUCCGAGGUGGGCAGACCAUACCCAGUCAGGCCCCGCUCUGCUUUGACCCAGGAAGUCCAGCCAGCGACAGAAUGGAAGGGAAGAAGAAAGGGCGGCCGAAAGCUGAGAACCAGGCACUCCGAGACAUUCCCCUCUCCUUGAUGAACCAGUGGAAGGACGAAUUCAAGGCCCACUCAAGGGUGAAAUGUCCAAACUCGGGGUGCUGGCUGGAGUUCCCCAGCAUCUACGGCCUCAAGUACCAUUACCAGCGGUGCCAAGGGGGCGCCAUCUCAGAAAGGCUGACUUUCCCCUGCCCCUUCUGCGAGGCCGCGUUCACCUCCAAGACCCAGCUGGAGAAGCAUCGGAUUUGGAACCACAUGGACCGACACCUGCCAGCCCCCAAGUCCAGUCCGGUCAGCCGACCAGUUACCAUCAGUCGGCCCAUAGGGGUCAGCAAGCCCAUAGGUGUGAGCAAGCCUGUCACCAUGGGCCGGCCUGUGGGGGUCAGCAAGCCCAUCGGCAUCAGCAAGCCAGUGCCGGUCAGCAUGCCAGUUACCAAGCCUGUCUCAGUCAACAGAUCUGUGCCGGUCACUAAGUCCAUACCCGUCACCAAGACCACACCAAUCACCAAGCCUGUCAUGCCCGUCACCAAGCCUAUAACCAUCACCAAGUCCAUACCGGUCACCAAACCCAUGCCAGUCAACAAGCCAGUGUCAGUGACCAAAUCGGUGCCGAUCACAAAGCUUGUGACAGUUACGAAGCCCAUGUCAGUCAGCAGGCCUGUGGCCAUCAGCAGACCCACAGCACCUUGCAAAAUGGUGCUGCUGACCAGGUCAGAGAACAAAAGUCCUCGUGCUGUGGGGAGGAACAGCGGUAAGAAAAGGGCUGCAGACAACCUAGACACCUGUCCCGUGCCACCCAAGCAAAUGAGGCCAGAGAAUGGGGAGUGCGGCCCGUCCACCGCUGGCCAGAGUUCCGGAUUCCAGCUGGCUGCAGACUCCCCUAACAGCCCCGUCUUGCCAGGCAGCAGGGCUUCAGGGGGCAAGGAGACGCCUCGGGUGGCAGGUCCGGCAUCCGCUCUGGAGGAGGACCCAGAGCGGACCAAGCACAGAAGGAAACAGAAAACUCCCAAGAAGUUUACGGGGGAGCAACCUUCCAUCUCGGGGACCUUUGGACUCAAAGGCCUGGCCAAAGCAGAGGACAAAGCUCGCAUCCACCGGGCCAAGAAACCGGAGGUGAUAGGGCCUGAGGACGUGCGGAAGAAAGUGCCAGCUGCUGCCAGCAAGGAGGGGCCAGCCCCUGUGACCCACCCAGCCUCAGGUGGUCCCGAGGAACAGUGGCAGCGGGCCAUCCACGAGCGGGGCGAGGCUGUCUGUCCCAACUGCAGUGUGGUCACCCGCAAGACCUUGGUGGGGCUCAAGAAGCAUAUGGAGGUGUGCCAGAAGCUGCAGGAUGCACUCAAGUGCCAACACUGCCGGAAGCAGUUCAAGUCUAAGGCAGGCCUCAACUACCACACCAUGGCCGAACACAGUACCCAGCCCUCUGAUGCUGAGGCCUCGGAGUGGGGUGAGCAGGAGGAACGGGAACGGCUUCGAAAGGUGCUGAAGCAGAUGGGGAAGCUGCGCUGCCCUCAGGGGGGCUGUGGAGCCGCCUUCUCUAGCCUCAUGGGAUAUCAGUACCACCACCGACGCUGUGGGAAGCCUCUUUGUGAGUUGGACAGUCCCUCCUUCCCCUGUGCCCACUGUGGCAAAACCUACCGUUCCAAGGCUGGUCACGAUUACCACAUGCGCUCGGAGCACGCGGCUCCGCCCCCCGAAGAGCCUGCAGACAAGUCCCCUGAGGCUGAGGGUCUUCUGGGCGUGGAGCGGACCCCAAGUGGUCGCAUUCGCCGGACAUCGGCCCAGGUUGCCGUGUUCCACCUGCAGGAGAUCGCAGAGGACGAGCUGGCCCGAGACUGGACCAAGCGGCGCAUGAAGGAUGACCUUGUGCCUGAGACUGCAAGGCUCAACUACACACGGCCAGGUCUCCCCACACUCGACCCCCAGCUGCUCGAGGCAUGGAAGAAUGAAGUCAAGGAGAAAGGACACAUCAAUUGUCCCAAUAAGCGCUGUGAAGCCAUCUACUCCAGUGUGUCCGGCCUCAAGGCCCACCUCGCCAGUUGCAGCAAGGGGGACCACAUGGUAGGCAAGUACCACUGCCUGCUGUGUCCGAAGGAGUUCAGCUCUGAGAGUGGCGUCAAGUACCACAUCCUCAAGACCCACGCCGAGAACUGGUUUCGUACCUCCGUGGAACCUCCGUCCAAACACAGGAGCCAGGACUCCCUGGCACCCCAGCGGGAGAAGAAGAAAAGCACAGGGGGCGGCAAGAAGCGGGGUCGCAAGCCCAGGGAGCGGCCGUCUACAGAGCCUGUGCCCAAGUUGCAGCCAAAUGACGACUGGCCCUCGGGGGGCAGAGACAAGGGGGGUCGGGGCUCUGUGGUCCGGAAGGUCGGGGCUGGGAAGGUGCCCGAGAAAUGA